GCCAGUAAAGAUUUCUUAAUGGGCUCUGCCUCCUUUCGUCCAUCUGCCUUGAUGAUAAACACACAGCUACUCAACAUUAGCCUCCGCUCACCAAAGCCCCUCAGCGUUUUACUUCUCUUUUUCCCCCCCGGCAAACCAUCAAAUUUCACACUUGUCCACAGGAAGGGGAGCUUCAGAGACCCGGGCCUGACACAUGGACUGAAUUAUCAGGUGUUUUUUUUGUUGUUCUUUUCCUUCAGAGUAAUGGAAAUGGAAAUGACAGGAGCCACACAGUGAGAACUGGGAGGACUUCUUUUGCGCCGGGACUUUCUCUGACGGUGGAAUACAACGUUUGGUUUUUCUGGUUUCUGUCAGAGCGCGUGGGGAGUGAACUCUCCGUUACUGUUUACAUGUGAAUGAUAGGAUCCAGCUGGUCACAGCCAAGUAAAUACCUCAGAGACAGUUGACAAUCUGGGAGGAGGAUGCCUUCCCUGCAUCAUGGAGCAAUCUUCGUCGGAGCCUUCCUCAUCGUGACGGGGGGGUCCACGGCUUUCUUGGCCUCGUACCAGAGCCGCCUGCAGGCUUUCUCGCUCUGCUGCGUGGUGCUGGGGGUGAUCAUGCUUCUCCUCGGGCUUUUCUGGGCUAUGAACAGCAAAAGGGAGCUAGACCCAGAGUGCCCCCAUUACUCAUACGACUACACCAACUACCCAAGCCAUGCCCUGUUCUCCCCCCAAGGGACCCACUUCCCAGAGUCCCAGUCAGUGUUUCUGCCCAGGACGAUGGAGCGCCACAGGCAUGGCCCUCGCGCUGAAGACUUUGACUACCCCCCCAUGGACUCCGGUGGUUUUAGUCCGACUCCUCACCCUCCGCCCUGGCUGGGGCCGCCACCGCCCUACGAGGUAGCCAUCAAGACCACGUGCAGCUCUACACACCUGCGGCGGGCCUACUCGGACACGCAUCUGGCCUCGGAGCCCCUGUUCGGACAGUCCAGAGAGAUCAGCUUUGAGGUGUGACGUCGGACGGUGGUGGUACCGCCCACCACACCACGCCAGUCACAAGGCUCGAAGCUGCCGCCAACAUUAUCCAUCAACCCGUGCAUGCUUCUGUCUCGGUUCCUGCAUGUUUUUUAACCGUUUCAGGAAGUUUUCAGCAUUUCCUGAAGGCACUUCCAGUUUAGGUUUAAGUUAUGACUAGUUGUGGAUUGACAUGAUGAAUUAUUUGGUCACCAGGCUCAGCCAGAACAGUUAUUUGUACUGCUGAGUCAAGCUAGGACAAUUAAAGCUCCAUUUGUCAGACGAAUCUGUGGUUGCGCA